AUGAACGAAGAGGAGCAGUUUGUAAGCAUUGAUUUGAAUGAUGACAACAUCUGCAGUGUUUGUAAACUGGGAACAGACAAAGAAACACUCUCCUUCUGCCACGUUUGUUUUGAGCUAAAUAUUGACGGAAUACCAAAAUCUGAUCUCUUGCACACCAAGUCGUUAAGGGGCCAUAAAGACUGCUUUGAAAAAUAUCAUUUGAUUGCAAACCAGGAUUGUCCUCGAUCUAAGCUUUCAAAAAGUACUUAUGAAGAAGUUAAAACCAUUUUGAGCAAGAAGAUAAAUUGGAUUGUACAAUAUGCACAAAAUAAGGAUCUGGAUUCAGACUCCGAGUGUUCUAAAAACCCCCAGCAUCACCUGUUUAACUUCAGGCAUAAGCCAGAUAAAAAGUUACUCCCACAGUUUGACUCUCAAGUACCAAAGUAUUCUGCAAAGUGGAUAGAAGGAAAUGCAGGUGGCCUCUCAAACUGUACACAACGAAUGUUGGAACAGAGGGAGAACACAGACUUUGGGCUUGCUGUGUUACAAGAUUCGGGUGCCACUUUAUGCCACAGUAGUGUACUGUGGCCUCACAGUCACAGCCGGGAACAGAAAAAGGAAAAGACCAUCUCUGGUCCAGAGGCUCAUGUCCAGACCCAGCAUCCACAUUACAGCAGAGAGGAGUUGAAUUCGAUGACUCUUGGUGAGGUAAAGCAACUGAAUGCAGAGCUCCAACAACAAAUACAGGAAGUUUUUGAAGAGUUAGCCCACCAAGUGCAAGAGAAGGAUUCUUUAGCCUCAGAGCUCCAUGUCCGCCACGUUGCCAUCGAACAGCUUCUCAAGAACUAUUCCAAGUUACCAUGUCUGCAGAUGGGCCGAACGGGAUUGAAGUCACACCUGCCCAUAAACAACUGA